UCGCGGAUGUAAACAAAACAAUCGAUUUAACGGCCUUUGUCGUAGUUUAGAAAAGUGUAUUAGGUUGUUAGUUUUAUUUAAUGUGAGAAUUAUUUAUAAUAGGUAUAUUGUUAUGAGAUGAAUCAGUGCGCAUAAUACCGGUUGAGUAAAGUUGAACAAAAGUCUAAUAAUUAACGAGGGAGAUGGCGGAUGACAGUUACGAGUUCAACAUCACAAAAUACAUCCAAGAGCAAAAACGUUUACUCGCUCUAGAACGCGAACGUUUCGCAGCGGAAAAGAUCCGGCUAUUAGAACCUGACAAUGUGAAUUCACCUAAAUCGGUUACUUACACUGAUUUGAUCGAUGGCGACAAUGUGAAACAGUCAAAAGACGAGCUGAACUCGAAACUGGUUCAAAAUGAUGCAGGAACAAAAACUGAUUCUGGUACUUUGUUAUCCCCCGGUGUGAGCAAAAGUCCCCUAAAAGUAGAAUGCCCAAUAGAAAAGCUACUUAAAUUCAACAGUUUGGAUGGUGUUGAGUACAAGUUUUCCGAAUCUUCCGCAAGCCCCGCCGGCGCUGGUGAUGGUCACCGGAGGCUGGUUCCAGUAGGAAGGGGCGAAUCACCCAGCAGCAACGUGUCACCGUCGGGACAGCAGAAGCAACAGGAUGAAAUGGAACAGUGGGUGUCGGACACCUUCUAUUCGUACUUUCCCAGCUUCAACAAAAACGAGAACGAGAAGAAAUCGAUGCUUUCCCGCGACCGCCAAGCCGACUAUCAAGAAUAUCUGAAAAAUGUAAAUCACAUUGCUAAUGUGAUCCCCCAGGUGAUGUCCAAACACCAACAGUACGUCGAAAAAUACGGCCACCAAGCUGUGCAAACGUCCACCGAGAAGGAAAUCAACACUUCCAGUUCCAAACCGACCGGUGUUUCUGGGAACAAAAACUACCUUAACCCACCUUCCAGCUUCAGCCCAAAUCAGAUCCCAUCGAUUAGGAAAACGCUGGCCAGCGAUACGCACCCGGCCGGCUCCAAUUCACAGAUGCGCAAAGGUAGCCCGCGAGAAAAGUUAAUCCAAGAUUUGCACCAUACUGAUCUGUCCACCAUUAUCAAUACAGACACAAUCGACCGACGGAACAGGAUGCUGGCGGAAGAGGAAAGUAGAAGGAAGUUGGAGUAUCAGAAGGAUCUGAUCAAACAGAUAGAGGAAAAGCGGAUGGAAGUUGAGCGGCUGCGAGAAAAAGAAAAGCUGGAGGAAGAAAUGCUGACCAGCCGCUUGGAGCAACAAUUGAAAACAAUGCAACUUGAGGAAGAAUUGGAAAGGGAAAAAAUGCGAAGCGAGAAGAUCCGAAUCGCCAACGAGCAGAACCACAUCCGCCGGUUGCAACUGCUGUCGAAGCUGGAGAACGAUCACAAAGUGUUCAAUCCGCACGAUGAAAACCGUAAAACACUAUCCGAGAACGGAAAGGAGGUCUACGUUGAACCAUCCCAACAGAAACCGGCCAAGGAGAAGAUCUAUCGAUAUUUCAGCAAUUCCGCACAGAACGAAAAAUCCCCGAGUUUUGCCUCAUCCAGCAUUUCGUCCGAGAUAGAGUACGAUUCUUCCAGUGAGUCUAUGGGCUACGAACGUUAUCAGUUUUGCAAAAAUUGUCGAGCUGAUAUUGACCGAUCGUUUCUUCCACGAACCCACGGUACCGGGCAUCACCAUCGGCAUAACCAUCAUCAUCAUCACCCCCAACAGCAGUUGCCACCGAAAAAAUUAACUCCCAAAAUGACACGUAAAAACGACGAACAAUGUAUCAACUGCCACAAGCCGUUAGAGAAGCUCUGCGCGAAAUGUGACCGGGUGCUGAAACGACCGUUGACGCAAAACCUUUGCGCCAUCUGCCAGCAGGCGCUAGAGAACAAUCGCUUGCAAAAGGAAGCCCAGUUGGAGCUGAGAAGACAACGUCAAAAGCUGCUUCGUUCGAUAGAACUGUUGAACGACGACGUCUACGACGAAUCACCUGUGGUGGAGGUGGGCAAUUCCCCGCCUCCUGCUUCCGUAUCGCCACCGAAUCCGUACAAAAUAAUCGACAUCCAGUAUCAUGAAAGCGAUAACGAUCACGACCUUGCCGUCCUCAAUCCGGUCAUCGUUCGGAACAACUACAAAAAGCCCUACUCACUUAACAUCGACAAGGACUCGAUCUUCCAUCCGAACAAGAAAACUCCGGAACCAAAAGUGUCCGUCAAUAUUCGCAAUGGGGAAGUUUUUGUGGACAAUAAACUGACUCCAUCCGCCGGAGGAGGAGGAGGAGGAGCACUUAGGCAGCCACCAGCUCCAUCGCCACAGGAAGACCCGGAGGAACUAACCACCGACGAGAUGGACGAACGAAUUUCCAAAUAUGUGAAACACUACAACACACUGUGGAUGAAGCGGGGCGUGCGGAAAAAUAAUCUCAUUUCGCAGAAGAAUGCAAAUCCGUCGCAGAAUAUGGUUAACAAUAAGCUAGGACCGCUUCCGUCACUUUCGCCGCCGAAAGUGUACGUAAGCGACCGGGCGGACAAUCUCAAGAGCGAGGCGAUGAAGAUUACCGAGAAGAAGUGGGAUAUACCUGCCGUGGAACGAACAAAAGUAACGCCAGGGUCACCGCGCGUUCUAACCCAACUGGGGGCCAUUCGAAAGCAACUUCAACUAGAACAACUGCAAAUGGAUCAAACGUUCGAUUAAAACUCGUUCUCAACCUAGCGCUGCAUCCUUUUUACAUACAUAUCAAACCGUUCAAUCCUCCAAUAACUAGACUGUACGAAAAAUAUUAUUUUUAUUUCAUAUGACCUUAUUUCUGUUAGUUCUACAAGAACCAC